AUGGCAGACAUAGCUCCCCCAGUCUCUCAGCUGGAAGGAGUAGGGGAGAGUUGUGGCUCACCCUCAACCUCCAGGAGACUUUGCUGGCACAGCUGGACUCUUCUGGGCCUGCUGUGGAACCGGGUAGGAGGGAAAGUAGCUACAAAGACAGAUCAACUAUCAAAGCAUUUGAAAAAAUGUAACUCAAGAGAGAGGCCAAAACCUGACUUCUUUAUUCAGGAUAUUAACGCAGGCUUAAAAGAUGAAACAGAAAUACCUGAACAAUUAGUUCCAAUUUCUUCUCUUUCCGAAGAGCAUUUGGAAAACUUAAUUAAGAAAUUGCAGAAAGCAAGUGAAGGUUUGAACUCUACACUUAAAGAUCAAAUUAUGUCCCAUCCAGCAUUGCAUGAUGCCCUUAAUGACCCUAAAAAUGGUGAUUCUGCAACCAAACACCUGAAACAGCAGAUGCUGAAAAAGUUCACUUCAUCCUGGUAGAAAAGGUGACCACGAGAUUCAAGGUAGAUGGCAAACACAGAAAGAAAAAUUCAGUAUUUGAGAGACUUCAGAUUGAUAUUCAACACUUGUGUUUGAAUAA